AUGCUGUCGCCACGGGGCGGCGGCAAGCGCAUCAUCGGCCUUACCGGCGGCGACGGGGCUGACGGGGCGGAGAAUAACGCCGAGAAUGGCGGCACCACUGCUGCCAACGGAAGCUACAACAAGACCUUACCGUCCCUGCUGCCGGCGCCGCCACCGCCGGCGGCGCAGCAGCAGCAGCGCGCCGGCGUCGCGACCAGGCAGGCGUCGGCCGCCAAGGCCGGGGACAAGCGGCUGGCAAAGACUCGCGCCGGCGCGGCCGGCGGCGGCAGCGGCGCCUCGGCCGGAUCCACCCUGUUCCCGCUGGCUCCCAACGCGGUCGCCGCCGGCACCGACUCCUCUCCGGGAACCCCGCCCGAGCUUGCCAAGGGCGUCAGCGGGGGAUGGACCAGCGCCACGAGGCAGGGCACCGGUUCGUCGGAGUCCGAGAGCGGGAUCGCGCGCGUGGAGGGAAGGAAGAGGUGGCAAUCCGUCGACGGCAGGGCGGACGACGGCGGUGGAGACGGCCGCCUUCAAGGAGCCUCCGCGCGAGCUCCUGCCACCAGCGGCAGGGGCGCCAGGCGCGGGGGCGCCGCCGCCGGUGGGACCAGGGGGGGCGGCAAGCGCGGGGGGGCUGGGGGCGCCGUGGAUGCAGGCGGAAGAGGCGGCGGAGGAAGAGGAGCGGAGGGGAGGGACGCCGGCAAGGGCGGGCGGCGGGUGUCUGCCGGCGCCAGAAGUGGCUACAGCAGCAGCAGCGACCUCGCCGGCAAUCCGGCGGCGCAUCCGAGCGCGGCGCCUUCGGCAGCGGCAGCGGCCAACGGCACCUCGCGGGCCCUGAGCGACAGAGAUCACGGCCUGCUUGGCGUUUUCUUGAACACCGUGAAUGAGUUCCUGCCGCUCAUCAGCAGCGACGUCGUCGCCGCAAUGCGCGACGACAUCGUCGUGGACGGGAUGAACGGGGCGAGCAAAAAGCGCCGCAGGCUGUCUCCGGGGUCUGGCGGUUCCGACACUGACUUCGAAAGGUUCGCGCGUAGCUCUCUCAUCGAGGCUGCCCUGAGCGUGGGCGCCCUGGUGACGAGGGACCGGGUGGCGGCGGUGGGUUUCGCGGAGAACGCCCGGCAGCUGCUGAAGGAGAUCUUCGACGUCCCCAGCGAGGAGGCCGCUAGCGCGUUCUUGUGCCUGGCCUACUUCAACACGUACAGCGGGGAGGCGCUCCGCGCAGACCUGUACUUGGUGCAGGCGCACAGCUUCUGCCUCAACCUGCCGGAGUUCCCCCUGAACCUGGAGAUCUGCAUCGAGCACCUGAGCCACGGGCGGCUGAAGAUCGAGCUCCGCCCAAACUUCCACACGUGGGGAAACCGCCGCUACAGGGUCCUACACGUGGCCAACCACGUGCUGUCCAUGCUGACCCAGACGGGGGAUCGCGGCCUGCCCGCGGCCCUGCAGGCGGGUGACCCCCUCGCGUUCGAGGGGGGAGAGGCGGCCCUGCUCCGGUGCGUGGAGGAGCUGGUGACGUGCAUCAGGAUCAGCGAGAGGGACACGCUCGCCAGGCUCAUUUGCAGCUCCUUGGUGGGGCUGCUCCUCAUGCUGCUGGGCCGUCGCGAGGAGAGCAUCGCCGUCGCCGAGUCGGUUGCCGAAGGAGUGACCCCCACCCCGGCCAUCACUCGCGUCAUGCCCUUGUCCUGGAUCGCAACUACCGUAACUUCGGCCCUGCUGUUCAUCUACGAGAGGCACGGCGUGUACUCCCGCCUGUACGAGCUCGUGGCGCCCGCGCAGAGGCUCUCUGGCUCUGCGGGACAGGAACGCGAGUGCGCGCUGCCCCUCCCGGGGUCCGACGUGGGAGAAUACCUCAGGCACACCUGCAGGCCGUCCACCUUCUGCCAGCUUGUGGUGACCAUCUCGCGCCUGACGGACCGGGGCACCAAGAACUUUUGCCCCACCCCGGACGCCUCCCAGGGUGCGAGCCAAGAUGAUCGUUGGCCGGCCAUGUCCGGGCUCUUCAACAACACCGGGGGUGGCCUGGUGGGAUCGGCAGCGGCGGGAGCGGGCGCAAGGCGGGCAGAUGGAGGAGGAGGAGGAGGAGACACGAUGAGAGGGGGCGGCGUGCCCAGGGGGGCGGACGUCGACAAGGCGGAGGAGGAAUGCGCCGGCACGCAGCUGGCAGAGUUGCUUGCCUCCCUGCCCCCGGCAUCGCCGCCCAAGCUCUCGGGAUUGGUUGACGUGGAGUCGUACACUGACCUCCCGUCACACAUGGACGACUUGGCCGAGGGGGCAGCGCGCGGAGGCAGCGGCGGUCUCGGCGGCGGCGGCGGCGGCGGCAGCGGCGGCGGGGGAGGGGGAGCACAAGCGGAGCCGCGAGAAUCCGCCGCGCCUAGGCAGUCUAUUGGAGGUAGCGGUGGCGGCAGCGGCGGCGGCGGAGGCAGUGCGACUUCCGGCAGCAUGCGCCGAGGCCCGGGAGGGGUCAACGAGACGCGCUUGUCGUCGUCGUGCUCGCUGUCCUCUGCUUCGGCGGGUCCCCUCCACACGCUUCCCUCGCAACGCCAGGAAGACGUCCUCGGUAGCUCUGGCGACGGCGGCAGCGGCGGCGGCGGAGGCAACGCCAGAGAGUACCUAAAGGGCCCGCAGCGGCACGGCGACAGCGAUGACUUCGGCAUAUACGGCGAUGAUCUGCUAGGGUCCCAUGCUUUCGACUCUGAUCUGAUGAAACUGAUGACUGCCGAAGCGAUCUGACGACGCUACAUCCUGAAGGUCACAAGAUCUGAAUAUCGUUGCGUCGACACACACAUGGGGGCACGAAGGGGCCAGUCCGGGGGUAAAAAGGAGGGGGGGGUUCCCGUUUUUUUGUAGGUUUUAGGGGCCUUUUUUUUGGGGGGCGCGCGGGGGGGGGGGGGGGGGGGUGCAUUGCCAUCGUGUAGAUUUAUUCCCUGGAGUGGUGGUUUUCCUUGUCUACAUCCUUGUUUAUCUUCUGUUCUUGUGGAAGGUACGUCUGAAAUCGGCGAUGAACCCUUUCUUUUGUUCUUGUGAAAGGUACGUCUGAAAUCGGCGAUGAACCUUUCGAAGUGUGAGGUGUUGAGGCACAGUAGGGCUAGGGGAGGGGAGUGGGGGGGGUGUUCAAUCGAGAAUCAGGCCAGCUGUUUGAUGAGCUUUUUGUGCGAGUGCUUUACAUACAUUAUUGAUAUUUUUAUUUUGGAGUGCGUCGUUUAGUACAGCAGCAGUAGUGUAGUGGUUUUUCAUGUGGUGUUUUAUUCCAAUGUUGCAACGCAAGACUGCCGUUAAAUUGAAGUAUUCUACUCUGUGUUGUUUGUUCGAGAACGCUGCUGUUCCACUUUCUGCGUGCGGUUCCCCAGCAACCCACCCCUUUGCGAUUUGUGGAGAGUUUCGAUACGAAGAUCAAUCACAUAGAUUUCAGAUGUAUCAGUUUCAUGAGGCGAGCGCACUUAGGUUUUUGUCCCGUCCCUUAUCAACGUCGUGUUUUGCCCUUUGUCUUCAUUUCUGCUUGUUUUGGUGUGUUUUAACCCCGCUCACACCCCUCACACCCCAAAGAAAUUGCGUGAGGCUCGCUUUUUUUGGUUGUGCGUUGUGUUCGUUCGUUUGGCUGCGGUGAGAGUGGAGUAUGGGGCGCCGAUAUUCGAGUCCUUUGGCGGUGUCACGCCGUGUUCAUGUUUCCGAUUGUCGGUGAUGAUAGUAUUUAUUAUGUCCAGAGAUGUGCUCGUCGAAGCCCCUCGUGCCGCCACUGCCGCUGAGCUGUUGCACCACUGUACACCUCAGAAGAAGCCGCACCAGGCUUGGCUGAAACAGGUCCAUCAUCGGGUAGAGACUAAGCGGACGAUAAUGUCCGUCCGGUAGACGAGGGGACGAUCUUUUAAAGGGGCCUUUUCUUGGCCGUUGUUGCGGGCAACGAACACCAGGGCCAACCUUGUCGUUUGUGUGUUGUGGGGAACGGUCUCCUGUUCUAUUUAUUACGGGGUGUUGUUUGUGGGAGGGAUAAGACCGGCACGUACUAGCAUAGCGGAGUGUUCUUGGCCAUCCCUCCCGGGGAUUUUUCUAAUUUGGGUUUUCCGGCAGCUCUCAGACAUCGUCGGAGCAUGCGGUAGAAGAGUAGGCAUCGUCACAUCGACACUGUAUGUGUGUAGUCGUUACGAUUUAUUUUUGAGAACAAACCAGAGGAGGAGUUGGUUUCGUCUUAACCUGUCUGCGCGGCUGUCUGUCUCCGGGGGGCGUUUGCAAGAAGUUGCCCAUUUUGGUUGCGCAUGAGACAGUAGAUUUUGUAUAGAACACACACGGUGUAUAUCUUAUUCCUUGUUGGUCGGAAGACGAGCAUAUAGUCUAUUGCACGCACGUAGAUCCAAUCGAUGUGCCGUGGUUCACACUCAGAUCUCCUUAUCUCCCCGCGAGGGUCGGUGUACGUGGUGUCUCGUUUGAGAGCGCGCCAACCUCUCGCGGUUUUGUUUCUGUAGCACCCAACAGAGCAAAAGGUAGUCAUUAUUUUGCCGUAGCCAUGUGUGUCGGUUGCCCACGUGCUCACCGGGUGUUCAGCGUGUGAUGUAGCUCCUCUUGAUGUUGAAGUUCGUGCGCGAUGAAGUCUGUGUCUACGGGCUAUACCCGCGGCAUCGAACGCUGUUGAGGCAAACCCCGCUCACGGGUGUGACUUCUUCACGAUUACUCUCAACCUGGCUGCUUAUUCUCGGUUUGUUUGUUGUUCUCAAUUUGUUCGGUAAGGUUUGCACAGAGAGCCCGCAUGUAGUUAAGCCCUUGAUUUUUCCCCCUGAAGUUUUUGCAAAUCGCCCGUCUUGGGGAUGAUGGGCUUCCGCAGCGAGCGAUCGGCACAUCAUCAAUCCUGCUGGUGGAGGCAGCGGCAGAAAUAAGUUGCAGUCGACCACAUCUACCUGCAGUGUACUCGCUGUCUUGUUUGGUGGGUGGUUCUUCCUGAUGGGGUUGCAUAGAGUAUUUAUUGUGGGAUGGACGUCAAGAACGAUAUUCCAAUAACUACAUAUAAUAUCUU